AUGGUUUUUAGUCGCUGGACAACAGCAGACGCACUUACGCCACCACCUAAAAAGCCUUUGGUACCCAAGCUUGAGGACAUAGCGGUAAACAUAGGAAUUCUGACAGAAGAUGCUCCAACCCCGGAAGUUUCACGCAGGUUAAAUCGUCUUCGACGGUCGGGCAGGCAGCAUAUCCAAAUACAGGAGCCUCUUGGCUUCCAGCAACAUCCAGAAAGGAAGGCCGGCGCUCCUAUAUACAUGCGGACAAGCAUGGCUCUUUUCCCUACCAUUCAACUUGUAGACAGCAAGAGUCGAUGCUUUUCUGAAAAUACGGUUAAAUUUCGUUAUCAUGAAGGCCUGAACCAGAGGGUUGCGCGCUUUUUGGCCAUGAAACAGCUGGACGAUUACUGUUUCUACCAAGUUCACCGCUACAACGUACAUCUUACGGUCUAUUUUGCUCGAAAAUGGUUGAAACUAUGGGCGACUGGGGUCCCCCUAGCCGAGAUAUUAGAGUGGGAGGAUGCAAAGCAUUAUUUCUAUGAAUUCAGGUUAUUCCGAAAUACCGUGAGUUCGGACUCGCGAAUGGACCCGGCUGGCCGCUUAUGCGCUCUUCCCCGUCCUCAGCUUUUCGACUUACCGUAG